GAAGAUAACCAAAUUGGCAACACUGGCUCGCAGCUUGGAAUUUCCCCACAUUAGAUAAUUUCGGCAAUGCGUAUGCGUCUAUAAAAGUGGAGGGUUUUUUUGAUUUUCAGUUAAUUUGGGCCAAACCUGAAAUGGCAACGGACUACUCGGAUACUUCGCCUGUGGUGCCUACCACGCAUGGUGAGGUGCGUGGCGCGCUGCUCACCAGUCUCUAUGAUGAGCUCUACUAUAGUUUCGAUGGCAUACCCUACGCCCAGCCGCCAUUGGGUGAGCUGCGCUUUAGAGCUCCGCAGGAUGCGCACACUUGGCUGGGCAUACGCGACUGUACCGAGCCGAAGGACAAGUGCCUGCAAGUGGCCAGCUUAACAAAGCAGGUUGAGGGUAGCGAGGACUGCCUGUACCUGAAUAUAGCCGUGAAAAGCCUUAGGAGUGAAAAGCCGUUGCCUGUGAUGGUUUAUGUGCAUGGCGGUGCCUUUAAGAGUGGGGAUCCGACAAGGCGCUUCUUUUCACCUGACUAUUUCAUGCGCGAGCAGGUGAUCUACAUCAGCAUUGGCUAUCGACUGGGUCCAUUUGGUUUUCUGAGCUUUUCGGAUCCGUCGCUGGGCAUACCCGGUAAUGCGGGCAUCAAGGAUAUUGUGCUGGCCCUCAAGUGGAUAAGGGCGAACGUGGGCAGCUUCAAUGGCGAUGCGAAUAACAUAACGCUAUUCGGGCACAGUUCGGGCAGCUGUUUGGUGCACCUGCUGAUGGUGAGCCCGCUGGCGGAGGGACUCUUCGACAAGGUGAUACUUUUGUCUGGUUUCCAUCCGGAUACAUGCAAUCGGCCCAAUAUGGAAUACGAGCUGGCCAAGCAUUUGGGCUACGAGGGCGCCAACAAGGAUGUUGAAGUAUGGCACUAUCUAAAUGCUGCAGAUCCCAAACUGUUGGCCAAGUCGGACUUUCGACAGUUAUACGAACGCCUGCAAAGCUCCGGGUUACCCCUUUUUAUGCCGCGAGUGGAGCCGUAUGCCACGCACGGUGCUGUGCUGCUGGACGAGCCGCGGAUACUGCAGCGCAGCGCUUGGAGCAAUCGCCUGCCGAUCAUCAUUGGCAGCACCAGCAACGAGGACUUGUUUAGUAGCACAUGUGAUAUGACAAAGGAUGCCGAAGUGCUGAAAGCUUGCCAGGAGCGUCCGGAGUUCAUGCUGCCGUAUUCCAUGCUCCGGCACUGUGAGCCCAGCACGUGUCGCCACCUGGGACAGACGCUGGUGAAGAAGUUUUGUGGCGUGCACAGUUCGGAUCUGACAGUAUCGCAUGCUUCAGGCAUAUCUGAGAUCUUCGCGCACAACGUGUUGCACUACCAGCAGCGGCUGAUUAGCGCUCGGCUGGCCUAUAGCCAGGCCGAGAAUUACCUGUAUCGCUUCGACUUUGAUUCACCUGAUUUCAAUCUCUAUCGCAUACGCUAUUGGGGACCCGAAAGGCGUGGCCUUCAUCAUGCCGAUGAAUUGUGCUAUAUUUUUAAGUUGCCCCACACCUUCAAGCUGGACAAAUCAAGAGCGGAAUACACGACCAUUUGCCGCAUGAUUGCCAUGUUUACGGAAUUCGCCCGCAGAUCCAAUCCGAAUGCGCCGCUCAUCCAAUCAUUGGUCGACUGGCAGCCUGUCACACAGAAUGAACCCACAAUGUGUCUGAAUAUUAAUGAGCAACUCAAGUUCAUUCCACAGCCGGAGCGUUUGAAGUUAAAGUUCUACGACGAAUUGUACAGAAAUGCUAAAAUGGAACUCACCCAACAAAUGCACGAUAAAUCGGUUUCACAAGCCACUACGGUUGGUGUACAUGUUUUUAUUGCCACCUGUGUACACUCUUUAGCUCUGCGACGUUCUUUUGAUUUACUCGGUUUUCAGUUGACAAGCGGCACGCGAGCAGAGCAGACGACCGAGAGAUUGUUUAGCAUAAUGUCAGAGAGCCUGGAGACUUUUGAAAUUUCACUGCCCGUGGGCCAGAUAAAGGGCGUCAAACGUCGCACUCUCUACGAUGACGAUUACUUCAGCUUCGAGCGUUUGCCCUUUGCCCAACCGCCGCUGGGCGAGCUGCGCUUCAAGGCGCCGCAGCCGGCAGAGCCCUGGUCCGGCGUGCUGGACUGCACCCACUAUGCCGAGAAGCCCGUGCAGAAGGACAUUUUCAGUGGUGUCAUCGAGGGCAGCGAGGAUUGUCUCUAUCUGAAUGUGUACGCCAAGCAGCUUAAGACGGCAAAACCCCUGCCUGUUAUGGUUUAUAUUUAUGGCGGUGCAUUCUCCAUGGGCGAGGCCACCCGGGAGCUAUAUGGGCCGGAUUAUUUUAUGGCUAAAGAUGUCGUUCUAGUUACGCUCAACUAUCGCGUUGAUUGUCUGGGUUUCCUCAGUCUGAAAGACCCCAGCUUGGAGGUGCCUGGCAAUGCUGGUCUUAAGGAUCAGGUUCUAGCUCUCAAAUGGGUCAAGCAAUAUAUUUCCCAUUUCAAUGGCGAUGCUAACAACAUAACGGUAUUUGGCGAGAGCGCCGGCGGCUGCUCCACCCACUAUAUGAUGUGCACAGAGCAGACGCGUGGACUCUUCCACAAGGCCAUACCCAUGUCGGGCACCCUGCACAGUAGGCCAAAUACGCCGCCCGCAGAUUUCGCCUAUCGGCUGGCCAAGGCGCACGGCUAUGAGGGCGAGAACAUUGAUCGUCUGGUGUUGGAGCAUUUGCGCGGCGUGCCGGCACAUCAGCUGGUUAACCACAGCCUGCUCACCGCCGAGGAUCGACGCAAUGGCCGCAAUCAUGCUUUUGGGCCCACCGUCGAGCCUUAUAUCAUGCCGGACUGCGUGGCGCCCAAGCGGCAGCUGGAAAUGGCGCGCGAGGCGUGGGGCAAUGAGCUGCCCGCCAUGCUGGGCGGUGUCUCCUUCGAGGGCCUGUUCAUGUAUUCAGCUCUGAAGGCCAAUCUCAAGGACUUGGAUAGCUUGCCGCAGGAUCCGUUGCGCAUCGUGCCCCACGAAGUGCUUGUGCUCAAUACGGAAGAGCAGAAUCUGGAGUUCAGCAAGAAGCUGAUCAAAUUGUACUUUGGUGAUGCUACACCCAGCUCCGAGCUCAUCAUGAAUUUUAUGGAUUACUAUUCCUAUAAGACCUUUUGGCAUGGCUUUCAUCGCACUUUGCAAGCCCGCCUGGCCUAUGCCAAGGCGCCCACCUAUUACUAUCGCUUCGACUUUGAUUCGCCCGAUUUCAAUUUCUAUCGCAAGAUGUUCUGUGGCGAUGACAUUAAGAAGGGCGUUGCCCAUGCGGAUGAGCUGAGCUAUUUGUUCCGCUGCUCGCAGUCCUGGAAGCUAGACAAAGCAUCGGGCGAAUAUCGCACCAUACAGCGCCUGGUGGACAUCUGGACAUCCUUUGCGGCCACCUCCAAUCCCAACUGCGCGGGAACCGCGCAUCUAAACUGGCAGCCCGCACAGCAGGAGCAGCCACAGCGUGUGCUUAACAUUGGCAAUGAGGUGGAGAUCAUCGUUCAGCCCGAGCACGAGAAGCUGCUCGUCUGGGAUAGCCUAUAUAAAAAAGAGGAUUUGUUUUAGGCCUGCUCCAGGUUGAAAGGCUACCUCCAACCUCCUACUCUUGCGCUGAGUGAGUUGUAGCCACAUGUAAAUAAACCGUAUAAUAGCAUA